ACAGCAUGGAAAAGGAAGGAUUCGCUCGGCUUUUCCACAAUUUCGAUAAUGUGAUCGAGCCUAAGUUAUGCUCAACGUCUGGCUCGGUUCCAAGUUACCUCAAAGGAACAAUGCUUCGAAAUGGACCUGGAAUGUUUGAGAUUGGGGAUACUAAGUAUCAGCAUUGGUUUGAUGGUAUGGGAUUCAUUCAGAGAUAUCAUUUUGAGGAUGGGAAGAUGUACUACUCGGCUCGCUAUCUUGAAUCGGAAAACUAUAAAAAAAACAUGGAGGCGCAGAGAAUUGUGACUGGAAGUUUCGGAACCGCAUCCUUCCCGGAUCCGUGUAAAUCGAUUUUCUCAAGAUUUUUCUCAAGUUUUGUGCAAAGCGAGGGUAUUCAUGAUAACGCCAACGUGGCAUUCGCCCCAGUCGGAGAUGGUUUGUACGCGUGUACAGAGACCCCGAAUAUGCAUAGAGUUGAUCUCGAUUCGCUGGAUACUUUGGAACCGGUUGACUUCUCCAAAUACGUGGCACUUCACACGUGCACCGCUCAUCAACUGUUCGAUGAGAACGGCGACGUCUACAACAUUGGCUCCAGAUUCGGACCGGAUGCAGCCCAUGUCUUCACUGUCACUAAAAACCCCAAAAACCUACAAUCAGACAGCGAUCGCUCCUGGGAGCACACCACGAAAAUUGGCGAGAUCCGAUGCUCCGAGACCUUCUACCCAACGUAUAUGCAUAGCUUUGGAAUGUCGGAAAAUUAUUUGAUAAUGUUCGAGUCACCGAUUCGAAUUGAUAUCAAAAAGUUUAUUAUGAAAAGGUUCAUCACCACGACAUUUCGGGAUUGCAUGAAAUGGCAUGCCGAUAAAGAUGUGAAAAUUUUCAUUUUAAAUAAGAAGACCGGGGAGCAAGUACCUCUGAAGCUGAAAAUGGCUCCAUUCUUCACAUUCCAUCAUGCCAACACGUUUGAAAGAGAUGGAUGUCUGGUAGUGGAUUACUGUAGAAUUGAGCAAGCCGGGAAUUUUGACGCUUUGUUGAUUGAGAACAUGAAGACGGGAAAUUUCCAAAACGAUGCUCUCUUCCUGCCGUACCUCACCAGGGUCAUUAUUCCUCUGUCAAUUCCAGACGGUGCCCAGCCGGGUGAUGAUCUGCUGAAGCCGUUGGGCUGGGCUAAGGGAUGCUCUGCAAUCUUCCAGGAUGAUGGGAAGAUUCGACUGAAGGAGAAGCGAGUUUGUGAUAUUUCUAUGGAAUUCCCUCGUUAUCACUGGGAAAAGAUCAACAUGAAGCCGUACAACUACGUGUAUGGCUCAAGUGUACUUGGAGCACAAAAGUCUGAAACUCUUCCCGGAAUCGUGAAAGCCGAUUUAGAGAACGGAGAUCACAAAGUGUGGCGUCGCGAAAAUGAUAAACAAAUCUGCGGAGAGCCCAUUUUUGUGCCCAAUCCCGAAGGGGUUCGGGAAGAUGACGGAAUUCUCAUCGUCCCAGUGAUGACGAUAAGCGAUGGCCAACGUCCGUUCGUCCUAAUUCUUGAAGCUAAAAAUCUGACUGAGAUCGCAAGAUACACAAUUCCAGAAGCAAGAAUUCCACUUGGAUUCCACGCAUUUUAUCAAGGAAGAACAUAAAUUGAAUUUUCUUGAAAUAAUUGAGCAUUUUAAAUUAAUGAACGGUUUAUUAAA